AAGGUGAAGGUGGCAGAGAAUAUGAAAAAAGGGAAGGUUGAGUUUAGGGUGGCUCAAAACAGAAGGGAAGAGAAACAAUGGGUCAGAAGGGAUGGGAGGGUGAGGCCUGGGAGGUCGUAUGCACAGGCUGUUGCUGUUAGUCCGGGUGCAGUUGCGGAUGUGAUACCUGAAAAAACCACAGAGAAAAUGUCUGUGCCAUUGAUAACGGAAGGGGUAGCCGGAGCAACAUCCCCUAUACAAGGCAAUUUGGUGUUAGAAUUCUUGCCGAGUGAUGAAGAAGUGGCUUGGUUGAAUAGGAGCAUGGUGGCUAUGGUCCGGUCUCUACAUAUGAUCAUUUUGAUUGAUAAUUCAGAAGGAUGUCUUGUGGAGUUCAUAGAGAAUAAUAAGGAGCUAACAGAGUUAUGGUUCGAAUGGGUGCAACCAACAUCCUUAUCCACGGUUUCAGCUGCAAGUCGUUUGGCUUGGUUGCGAUUUUUCGGUGUCCCUUUACAUUCAUGGAGCGAGCGAUGCUUUGCCGAGCUAGAGGGAUUAAUUGGCGAGGUCAUACUCGUGGAUGAAGAUACGAAGAGCAAAUCAUUUUUGUGUGAAGGAUGGGUUCUCAUUAUGUGUGAAAAAAGGGCUAAAAUUUCAGCAACAAUACACCUGAAGGUGGGUAAUGAAGCUUUUCCGAUUGAAGUGGCUGAGGAGGAGUGGAGGAUGGAUCCAGAUUGGUGGCUGGCCGGGGAGCAGAGGAAUCUGAUGUCAGAAUCAGUUUCAGAAUAUUUCAGUGAUGAUGGCAGCGAAUCUGGCUUAAUGGCUUCCGGAUUUUGUGGAGAGGAUGAAGCCAUGAAUGGCGAUAUUCAAGCUGUAACGGACGCUGCAACGGAAGGAGAGUCUUUUAAAAAUUUUGAAUUAAUUGGGAUGGAGAUGUGUGGGCUAGAUGGGGCAGACUUAGUUGGGCUAGCGAGGGAUGAUUUAAUUGGGCCGAAGGGUGUGGACAUGGUUGGGCCAGCAGCAACGAGGUCUGGUGAGCAACAGGCUGUAGGUGGUGGAUGGGAAGAAAAAAUUAAAAGCAGGGGAGGCGAGUUGGGUAACUGCAAGAACAAAAUGCAGAAGGGAUCGAAGAAGCAAGGCCAACCGAGAGGAACCCAGGCCGGAGCUGCAGAUGGAAAGCUUCUCUCUGUCCGAUGGGUGGGUUUGGGUAGUGUGGUGAAGAGAAAAGAGAUUUCUAAGUUAGUAAGAAAGGAGAAUCCAAAUUUCUUGUUUAUUCAGGAAACAAAGCUUGAACAAAUUGAUAUGUCUGUGUGUCGGUUAGUGUGGAACUCAGAUGAUUUUGAAUGGGUAAUGCAAAAAUCAAAUGGUAAUUCGGGUGGUAUGCUGUGCAUAUGGAAUAAGAGGUAUUUUGUGAAACAGAGGGUAGUUGAAGGUCAAGGUUUCAUCGGGAUUUCAGGGGAGUGGGGUCAACAACGGAUUCAAUGCACUUUUGUUAAUGUUUAUGCGCUAUGCAAUAGGCAACGCAGAGUUGUGUUGUGGGGGGAAUUGCGUAGGUUAGUAUUGGAUGAAGGUGGGAGAUGGCUAUUGGCAGGGGAUUUCAAUGCUGUUCGCAAUAGUGCGGAGAGGAAAGGGAGGAUGGGUGAGACUCAGGACAUGGAAGAAUUUAAUCUUUUUGUGCAAGAGACGGGUUUGGUAGAUAUCCGGUUGAGGAAUAGAAAGUUUACAUGGUAUAGACCGGAUGGAACUUCGAUGAGUAGACUCGAUAGGUUCUUGCUAUCCACUAAAAUGAGUUUAAUGGAGGGAGAUUGGAUUCAAGAGGGCAUUCGAAGGAUGGGCAGCCUACAAGUGCAAGCAGAAGUCGAAAUUGAAGAGGAAUGCAAAAGGUGGAAUGACAGGGUGUUUGGCAAUGUGGAGGCCCGGUUUGACAAAUUGAGGAAUGAGAUUGAGAGGCUGGAUAAAAAAUGUGAGGUGGAAGGGUUGAAUGAGGCCGAGGUGAAGCAGCGAAGGGAGGCUUUUCAGGAGCUGAGGGAGACAUUAAAGCAGCGGGAAUUAGUAUGGAAACAGAAAUCAAGAGCUAAUUGGGCUAGCUUCGGAGAUGCCAAUAUAGCAUUUUUUCAUAGGAGUGUGCAUGCUCGGAGGGCUCAAAAUACAAUUUCAGGUAUCUACGGUGAUAACGGGUGGGUUGAGGAACCUGAGCUUGUUAAGGCGGAGGCAGUGAAGUACUUCACCAAGGAAAUUGAAGAGGGGCUAAAUGAUUGUGAUGGCUCCAAGGCUCCAGGUCCAAAUGGUUUUAAUUUUAACUUUGUAAAGUUUGCCUGGAGCACCAUGAAGGAAGAUUUUGUGAAUUUUGUGACGGAGUUUCAUCGCAAUGGGAGGCCUAUUAGCUUGAUAGGUUGUCUAUAUAAAUUACUGGCUAAGGUAUUGGCCAAUCGGUUGAAGAUGGUUAUGGAGGGUAUUAUUAGUGAGUCACAGGCAGCUUUUAUUGGAGGUCGGCAACUGGUCGACAGUGUGUUAGUUCUGAAUGAGGUUGUGCAUGAGGUGAAAUGGAGGAAGCAAGAGUGCUUCAUUUUAAAGGCGGAUUUUGAGAAAGCCUACGACUAUGUAGACUGGGGCUUUCUUGAUUGGAUGAUGAAUAGAAUGGGGUUUGGGUUUGCGGAUGACACGGUGUUUAUGGGGAAGGCUGAUGUUGAUAAUUUACGGGUUGUGAAGGCCAUUCUGAAUUGGUUUCAACUGAUCUCCGGGUUGAAGAUCAACUUUGGGAAGAGCUAUUUGUAUGGCUUCAAUGUGUCGGAAGGGUGGGUUAAAGGCGCAGUUGACAUUUUGCGUUGUGGGGUGGGCAAAAUGCCUUUUACUUAUCUUGGCUUGCCAGUAGGAGGGAAUUCAGGGAGAAGACAGUUUUGGAACCCAGUGCUGGACCGUUUCCGCCAGAAGCUUGCCUCCUGGAAAAGCCCCUUGCUGUCGUUCGGAGGUGAUGGUGUUGAUGGUUUAUGGAAGCGGGUUCUUUGGGAGAAAUAUUAUGGGGGUAGAAAGGAGGCUGAUGUUACGUCAGUUGUGACUUGGAAUAUGUCAGGUGUGUGGAAGGACAUUGUGGGUCUCGGCAGAGGGUCGGAACAAUUAGAAGCAAUGUUAGGGAAAGGUUUUAAGUGGAAAGUGGGGAAUGGGAGUUGCGUAGACUUUUGGCACGAUAAAUGGGUGGGGGAUAAAUCAUUACGAAAUUUAUUCCCUCGGUUGUAUGCAUUAGCUAAUAUUAGGGAGGGACUGUUAAAGGAUAUGGGGUUUUGGAGUGCUGAAACUUGGAUAUGGGAUUGUAGGUUAGCUACAAAGGAUAACUUGUGUCGGAGAGGGGUUGUUGUACCAGGGGGGAAUGUUUGUUGUGGGCUUUGUCAUGAGGGUGUCGAGCAUCUCCAGCAUAUUUUUUGCGAGUGUAAAGCAGUUUGGUUGGUUUGGAUGAAGGUUUUGGGUUGGUGGGGGGUCCAGAGUCCUUUGCCAAAAGAUGUUUUCGGAUUGGCAGAUGUUGUGGUGGCUGGAAUCAACGGGGGGUGCUGGACGGAGGUAGGGACUCUUGUUUUUUUGGUUACUACUUGGCACAAGGCUGCAGUUUUUCCUAUUCAGAUUGGAUUUUACGCCCGUCGGAGUGCAAGAGGACCAUAGUUCAACAUGGCAAGAAUCUAAGGAUCUACAAGAAGACGUAUUUGUUAUCUUCUUAGUGGGUGUCUUUUAUAUCCUUUACUUCAUGGCGUGUUAACUAGGGAGUUUUGUUGGUUUAAUUUCUCUUUCAAUCUUGUAAGUGGGCAGGAGUACCCCUUGUACUCCAUUUAAUAAAUUUCUUUUUGCUGA